CACAACAAAUUUCAUUUGCCGCUAUUUCUCCUUCUCGUAGAAGCUAAAGAACUCUCCAGAAACACACAGUAAGCACGCAGUGAGAGUGAAUGGAGCGAUACCAGAGGGUGGUUAAGCCCAAACCGGAGCAACCCGUCAACGAAAAUGAAAUCCGCGUCACGGCUCAGGGCCUCAUCCGCAAUUACGUCACUUACGCAACUUCCCUGUUCCAGGACAAGAACGAGAAGGAGGUCGUAUUGAAGGCAAUGGGGCAGGCUAUUAGUAAGGCCGUGGCAAUUGGAGAGAUUAUCAAGAAUAGAAUUCCCGGAUUACAUCAAAACAUAUCUACUAGCUCGACAACUAUAACUGAUGCCUAUGAGCCCAUCGAAGAGGGCUUGAAUCCAUUGGAGAUGAAGCGGCAGGUCUCUCUGAUUAGUAUUGCUUUAUCAACUAUCGAGCUGAACAAGACCUCUCCAGGGUACCAAGCUCCAACUAUGAAGCAGGCAGAAGGCGCAAAUCAGCAAGAGCUGGAGAAUAAACAAUCUAUCCUUUCUUCCACAGCUGUCGAUGAAGAUAAUGUUGGAGGCCGCUUGCAAGGUAGAGGUGGAGUCCGAGGUGGAGGUCGUGGUAGAGGUAGAGGCAGAGGCCAUGGUCGAGGGAGGGGUUGGUAUGGUGAUUAUCAAGAGAAUAGCGGGGGAUAUUAUUAUUGGGGUGCUGGAGGGCAACGAGGCGGAGGUGGGGGCAGAGGCGGAAACUGGGGAUACCGUGGGGCCGGAUACCAAAGAGGCAGAGGUGAUGGUCGAGGAAGAGGCCGAGGUUACAGCUAUGGCGGAGGAAGAGGGCGGGAGUACGGCUAUGGCUAUGGCGGUGAACGAGGAGGCUGGGGGUACGGGUAUGGUGGAGGAAGAGGCCGUGGCUACGGCUAUGGCUACGGAGGUGGAAGAGGCCGGAGCUACGGUGGAAGGGGCCGGGGUGAUCAAGAAUAGUUAGACCAAGGAUUGGCUGCUCCAGUUUUACUAGUAACUUGUGAUGAAGGUAUAUAUACAAUGGAACUUUUUUUUUAUAUAUAAUGGAACUUAUUCUGUUGUAAUUUGCUAGUAAUUUCAUGUAUGUUAACUUUUUCGAAACCA